CAUGAAUAUACGUAAACCUCCAAGAGAAGGUCUUCGUUCAAUUGAAAACAAAGAAAACCUCCCUGAUAAUUCAUCAAAACCUCCUCCAUCCAGAUUAACAAAUUAUAGACUCAACAAUCUUACUACCUACUUCAAAAUUAGAACUCCUAGUAGAGGAAGAGAAUUAGCUAAAUUUGAAGACAACUUUAACACUAAGAAUUCAAACAAUGAAUAACGAUAUCUAAGUACCAAAGAAAGUCAAUAAUGUAAUACAAUAACUAAUAACACUAAUCAACAAUAAUUAAGACUAUCUUCAAAAAUAUAAAGAAAGAGAAUCUAAGGCAAUCUUAGUGCUAAGGAUUCCACUAAUCAUUAAGAUUCUCUAUAUAAAUAAAUACCAUCUACUUGUGAUGAUAAAAUAUAUUCAAUUGGACCUAUAAUUGGAAAAGGUAGCUAUGCAAUAGUAAAAAUGGGAACUGAUCGUCAUGGUAAUAAAGUUGCUAUCAAAAUGUAUGAUAAGUCAUUACUCAAAGGUGAAAGAUUAAAUAAUCUUAUCAAAGAAAUUAAUACUCUCAGGAUUCUAUCUCAUGAUCAAAUUACUAAACUAUAUGAUGUCUAUCAUUAUACUACUUAUAUCAAUUUAGUUAUGGAAUAUUGUGGAACUGAAUCUCUAUAUCAAUUACUCAAAUCAACUUCAACAAGAACCAUACCGAAAGAAUAAGCACUUCAUAUUAUUCAUUAAUUACUUAAAAUAUUACAUUAUAUACAUGAUAGGAAUGUUUGUCAUAGAGAUAUUAAAUUAGAAAAUAUACUUAUACAAAAUAAACGAAUUAAACUAAUAGAUUUUGGUUUUAGUACAUUUACUAAUUAACCUAUUACUUGUCAUUGUGGUACACCUAGUUAUAUGGCACCUGAAGUUGUCUCUAAAUUGAAAUAUGAUGGAAGAGCAGCAGAUAUAUGGGCUACUGGUGUUCUGUUAGUUGCUCUCUUAUAAGGUAGUUUCCCAUUCAAAGGAGAGAAUGAAAGAGAAUUGUUUAAGAAAAUAAGAAAUAAUGAAUCUAAUAUAACAAAUCAAGAUCGUGAUAUCUUAAAAUUAUUGUCUCGUAUUUUUGUGGUUGAUCCAUAUCAAAGAGCUACAGCAAAAGAAGUAUUUAUUAUUAAUAUAUCAUUUAGUUAUUGUAAUUAGAUAUGUUUAAAAGUUGA